UUCGCUACGACGACAAAAAUCAGCAAAAUUAAAAAAAGAAAGGAAAAAAGCCACCCAAAGUGAAACUGUAAAUAAGUGCCUCCGGAGAAAAAAUCCUUUCGAAUUUACGUUAUACAAUCGGUGAAACGGUUUUAUUCGGUCUUAAUCCAUCGCGCAAAUAGCGGAAGUCCACCAGUAGCGUGGAAUUUCGAAGCAAGGCGAACAACUUCGCCAUUUCCAACACCCCCGAAAAAAAAUGGCAAGCUCUUCAAGAGAUCAUCACCUGAAUAAGGUGUGUUGCUAUGCACAUCCGGAUGCGCCUCUGAUUGAGGACUACCGAGCGGGAGACAUGAUUUGCUCCGAGUGCGGUCUGGUGGUUGGCGAUCGAGUUAUCGAUGUUGGUUCCGAGUGGAGAACGUUCAGCAAUGAAAAGGCCGGAGUGGACCCGUCUCGUGUCGGUGGUCCGGAAAAUCCGCUGCUCAGUGGAGGCGAUUUGUCAACAAUGAUCGGACCAGGGACUGGACCAGCUUCGUUUGAUGCAUUCGGAACCGCCAAAUAUCAGAAUCGUCGCACCAUGAGCAGUUCGGAUCGAGCGCUGAUAGCUGCCUUCAAAGAAAUCAGCACAAUGGCCGACCGAAUCAAUUUGCCAAAGACGAUCGUCGAUCGGGCAAACAACCUUUUCAAGCAGGUUCAUGAUGGCAAGAAUCUGAAAGGUCGUUCAAAUGAUGCCAAAGCUUCAGCGUGUUUAUACAUUGCCUGUCGACAGGAAGGAGUGCCGCGUACGUUUAAAGAAAUAUGUGCGGUCAGCAAAAUCAGCAAAAAGGAGAUCGGUCGGUGCUUCAAGCUGACCCUCAAAGCGCUGGCCACAUCCGUCGAUCUCAUCACAACCGCUGACUUUAUGUCCCGUUUCUGUGCGAAUCUUGAUUUACCCAACACGGUACAGCGAGCGGCUACCCACAUCGCUCGGAAAGCGGUCGAAAUGGACAUCGUACCUGGAAGGUCCCCGAUUUCGGUGGCCGCUGCCGCAAUCUACAUGGCCUCGCAAGCCUCGGACCAGAAGAAAACCCACAAAGAGAUCGGCGACAUUGCCGGUGUGGCCGACGUGACCAUUCGACAGUCCUACCGACUGAUGCAUCCCCACGCGGCAGAACUGUUCCCAGAGGACUUCAAAUUCACCACACCCAUCGAGCAGUUGCCGCAGAUGUAAGGAUCUCCCCGAAGAGUCGGACUGAAGUAAGUGGGCACAAUCAAUUCCGGCGUGAGUGUCGUAUGAGUUAUAUUUUUUCCCUGAAAAUAUGAAUUUUCAGAGAUUUGAAAUUUUUAUUCGAUAGUGUACCAGCUGCGAAUGAAAAUAGUAAUGGAAAACAUAUUUUCGUUUGAUGAGAGCUCAGAUCUAGGUUGAUCUAUCUCGCAAACAUUUUAUUGAAUUCAGAGCGUGUUUCAUAGAUUGUCAUUUGAAAUGACUUCGUCAAUAAUUUCACUUCGCUCAAAAUAAUUUUGAAGUAUCACUUGAUUCAAAUAAGUUAAAUAGAUUUUUUUAGUUCUGGUGCUAUAUUUCGGAAGUAAAACUCAACUCUUCCAACAUAUACCUGACUCAGGAUCGGCAACAUCUUUUAGAUAAUUCAGAUUGAAAUUGAAACCUUAUUUAAAUAUGUUAAUAAUAAAAACAAAUGAAAUGUUCCAUGAAAUUUCUAUUUGCUCACGCGACACAUCAGGAGUAAACUUUUUUGAAUCAGUUUCGCGGAAAGUGUUGAAUCGAAAAAAUAUUUGGUAGGCAUAGUAUUGAGCACCUACCUACAUAACUGGUACCAAAUAUGUUGUCAAGUGAAGGACGCUUUCGGGGAAUUCACUGUAAAAGUCUCGUCAUACAAAUUUUGGGCGGUUAAUGCUCCGCGCAUAGAAACAAGCAUAGAAGCUGACAAACUGAAAAGCUGAAAUUGUUUUCUACUCAUUGAAGCAGAUUCAAAUAUAACCAAUACAUAGAAUGUUUCUCAAAUCUCUGAAUAGUGUAUAACAUUUGCCGCAUCCUGUUAAAUAGUUCCAUACUACUUUCUCCCUCUCAAGUAAUUCAUUUUAUUUUUCGCAGUAAUUUAUUUUUUCCAACUAUGUAGUAACAUCAAUCAAUACAAAUAAUAGAUUGACAUUCAAAAAUAUGAAAAAUCAUUACAUAAAUUUUCUUUUGAUAUUUCUUAUGGAUCCAAGGGGCAGUUAUGCUCGGAACUACUAGUGCAGAUGUCGAAGUUAUAACAAAAUGUAACACAUUUAGUUUGCAUCAAUCACUUCAUGUGGACCUGAACGUCGCUUCUUAGUUUUAUGUAUUAUCUUAGGAAUAUUGUUUCGUUUUAGUUAAUUGCCUUUCCCAUUUAUCGAAGCAUCGUUGUUUUCUGAUCUAAAUAUAAAUAAAUAUAAAUAUUAUUCUAUUUAUAAUGUGCCACUAGAACGAUGUUCGGGCAUUUUCGAUCAAAACAGACCUGUCAAUCAUAACUAAACAGUAUGAGAAAAUGUGAAUGCUGUGAGUAUCUCGUGAAAGGGGAUCAAAGUUAUAUGCUACGAUCAGCUUAUCAGGGUAUAAAGCCGAUAAUAAUUAUCCGAUUUGCAUAACUGUUAUCAAACGUAGAUGUAGAGUUAAGCUCUUUGAAUAAAAGAAAAAUUUUGUAACUUUGUUAAACAAAAAUUCAAUCUAAUUCCAUGAAAAACAAGUCAUAUAACAGUUUUUGAUAACGUUUUGUAAGGAGAAUUGUAUGCGGUGGUAAUUUUGAGGUGUACAAACAUUUGUACAAUCGUUUGUCAUAACCCGCAAACCUAAAUGAACGUUACACAUGUGAGAAAAUAGAUUAUAAACAAACUAUAUAAUAGUUCUAAGAAUAACUUAAGAAUAACAGAUAAUGAAUAAAUAUUUGAUUUGAAA